GAGCGUGGAGCGUGGCGAGUCAAACCUGUUGCGCUGGCCGUUCUGUCGGCGACGUGAAGGCCGCACUCGGAUCAAGCACUUCCAGGGCGCACCGAAAUUGUUGCGACCAAAACAACGAGCGACCUUCAACGCAGAAGUCACGUGCGGGCGUGUGCCGUUGACAGUUGCCGCGCGCAGGUGUGUACGCAAGCGUGUGGCGAGCGGGUGUCAUAAAGCAGACCUGUCUGCUCGCUUGGUGAAAGCAUCUCGCUCGUGCUGUGUGCGGACUAUGAGUACUGUCCUUCGUUCACUCGAUUAAGGUCAGCACCUGUGAGCCGCCUGUGACCAUGUCCAAGAUCGAAACAUGGCAGGACGUUCUCGACAGCACCACAGAGCGGAUACGCCAGGGAAAUGGUUUUACCGUCUUCAGUGCACUUGGAACAAAUGAAGAGCGGGUGAGGUUCUGCCUCCGCCACGAAGUAGCCAACCCACGCAUCAAGCACUGGUUGGCAGUUCUUUGCUCGUCUAAGCACCGCAAAUUCUGGGAGAAGGCCUCCGAACUACGAAGCGAGGGAAACAUCUGUUUCAACCGCAAGCAGUUCGCUAAAGCCGCGGAGUUUUACACGCAGAGCAUCCUCUCGGCUCCUUUUCCGGAUACGGCUGACGCCGAGGGACACGCCGAAGAGAUGUCGCUAGGAUUCGCGAAUCGGUCCGCCGCCUACUUCCACGCGGGCAAGUACAAACGCUCCUUGUGCGACGUGCGCUACGCAUUCGAGCUCGGAUAUCCGAACCACAUGCGCUACAAGUUGUACCUGCGGAAAGGGCAGUGCUACCUUCGGCUCGGAAAGCCCAGAGAAGCGCUGGAAAAUUUCGACAUGGCCAGCAAGGUGCUGCGGCGUGCGGGCUUGGACAGCCGGAAACACGCACAACAGGUGAAAGAGAUCGACAUGUUCAAACAAGCGUGUACCGGUAACAAGAUGCCACCGGUCCCGAGCGACGAAGAUGACCCAGACGACGAGUCACAAGUGCCCAGUGUCGUUCACGGCGUUCACGAUUCCGUACCGAACUGCACUAGCGGCGUGGACAUCUUGUACAGCACCGAGAAGGGGCGUUUCGUAGUGGCAAACCGGGAGCUGCGAACGGGAGACGCAAUCUUUGUCGAGAAACCUUAUGCUUCGGUUCUGCUGCCUGGUCACGCAAAAACCCAUUGCCAUCACUGUCACAAAAGGCUCCAAAAUGCUGUUCCAUGCUCGCAGUGCAACCAAGUACGGUACUGUUCCUUCAGCUGCGCAAAGGACUCCUGGAGUCAGUAUCACCAGUGGGAGUGUGGUAACCUGAACCUUUUGUACUCUGUAGGAAUUGCUCAUUUGGCCAUCAGGAUUAUUUUUGUGACGGGUCUGACCAAGCUUUGCCACUUUUCUAGAGCACUCUCUGCCGGAGAUGACAAAGUCAGUGAAUUUCCUUAUAAUGCCGUGUAUGAGCUGGUUACACACGAUGACAAGAUGUAUGCUGAUGACAUGCUACAAUACUCCCUGACAGCAGCGUUGCUCUAUAUGCUACUGGAUCAGGUCCAGUUCUUCAACCUCGACGAAGUGGCUUCAAAAGUUUCAGCGCUGAGUCUCACUGGAAGAAAUGGGUCGAGUGGCUUUGGCAUGAAGGAACACGGUACUGCAGCAUUGAAAACACUCACAGGAGGCCUCUUGCUACGCCACAUUCAGCAGCUUGUGUGUAAUGCCCAUGCAAUCACUUCACUGGAGUCAAAAACAAUGCAAGAGGAUGAUGUCGUGGUCACGACUGAGCAAGUUCGUAUAGCCACCGCCAUCUACCCUAGUGCAAGCCUAAUGAACCACGCUUGCAACCCCAACAUCAUUUCAAACUUUCCAUUUGGCUCAACCCUUGUUGUGAGAGCUGUAAAGAACAUAGCAGCCGGGGAGGAAGUUUUGAACUGCUACGGACCUCACUACCAGAGAAUGUCCUUUUCUGAACGGCGCCAGACCCUCCAAGAACAGUAUUUCUUCACUUGCAACUGCACUGCUUGUGGCGCUGGUGAGGAUGCCGAACAGCGCCUACAGGCCUUGAAGUGCGAAUACUGUGAUGGGCCGCUGAAUACACCCGACGAUAGUGGGAAGGCCGCCUGCCUGGACUGCGGCACCACUCAAGAGUGCCUUGCACGCGAGCAGAAGGCAUUUCGAAUGCAUGACCUGUAUGUGCAAGGCGUGCAACUAGCUGAGAAGGGAAACCACUUGGAAGCCCUGCAGCGCCUUAACAAGUGUUUGAAGGCACGAGAGAAGCUGAUGUAUAAACACAACCUGAAACUUCUAGAAGCCAAGGAUAUGGUGGCAAAGUGCUUCUGUGCUAUUGGUGACUUCCGAUCGGCAUGUGAAGUGCUGAGUCCCGCUGUUGACGCGAUCCGAGAGAUAUAUGGAGAGAACAGCAUCGAGCUUGCCAAUGAGCUUCAGAAGAUGUCCGACGUACUUGUUAAUGCUGUGCCUCAGGCGAUCCGUCAGGAGGCUUCAGCUGAGGAGAUUGAUCACCUCAUAAAGAGUGCAGAUUCUGUGAUUGAUGAAGCGAUGACCAUCUACAUUCUCCACUACGGAAGAAGACACCAUACGACACGGGACUUGCAAGCAAAAAGGAGAAUGCUGGCGACUGUGUCAUAAGAUAGCAUUCGAGAAGCAUGUUGCGCUGUGAACAUCUUGCCACUCAAAUCCUGUGUGUUACAUCCAAUUCUUGGGAUGCAGCCGUUCUCGUUUUAUUUUUUGUACAAGUUGGUAAAUGAGUAUGGUAGGCUAUUUCUGAGCAAUGCAAAUAACAGACACAGGCCCUCAGUUUUCUGUGUCAUGUACAGCAACGAUAAGGGCACUUGAUACUGAUUUGAUCAGGGUGUAUGUAUAGAAAAGAAUUAAAUAAAACAUGCAUUUCAGGCACAAUUCAUUACAGGGUAGAAUGUGAAAAUGUUCAAUGCACUUGUGCCAUCGGGUAGGGCACAUUACUGUAAAAGGAAUUAUGCUGCAACACACACUAUGGCUUUAGGAGCAAGAUAAAGUUUACACUUUAAAGAAGGCACUUGGUGCAAGCACAUUCUUAAACAUAUACUGCACAUUUAUCGUGCUCAGAGAAAUUGCACUGAAGGUGACACUGGUAGACUGUUGGUGAUAUAAAAGUGUCUAGGUGUUUCACACUGACCUGUAUAUGAGCAUGCGAUCGCCACUGUUGGUUCCCUUUGUGCCCCCACUUCAGUGUGCUGCGCUUUUUGAAGGUUCCCAAUUUUGCAAUUCCAAGAUACAUGAUGUUUCUGUGGUAGCACGAUUGCUUUUUUCCAGAUAGCAUGCAAGGUUGUUAAAUACAGCUGGAAAGUGAAAUUCGUUAACAGAAAUGCAAUAAAAUUAUGUUCAUACUUGCA